AACAACAACAACAACAGCAACAACAACAACAGCAACAACAACAACAACAACAACAACAACAACAACAACAACAACAACAACAACAACAACAACAACAACAACAACAACAACAACAACAACAACAACAACAACAACAACAACAACAACAACAACAACAACAACAACAACAACAACAACAACAACAACAACAACAACAACAACAACAACAACAACAACAACAACAACAACAACAACAACAACAACAACAACAACAACAACAACAACAACAACAACAACAACAACAACAACAACAACAACAACAACAACAACAACAACAACAACAACAACAACAACAACAACAACAACAACAACAACAACAACAACAACAACAACAACAACAACAACAACAACAACAACAACAACAACAACAACAACAACAACAACAACAACAACAACAACAACAACAACAACAACAACAACAACAACAACAACAACAACAACAACAACAACAACAACAACAACAACAACAACAACAACAACAACAACAACAACAACAACAACAACAACAACAACAACAACAACAACAACAACAACAACAACAACAACAACAACAACAACAACCAACAACAACAACAACAACAACAACAACAACAACAACAACAACAACAACAACAACAACAACAACAACAACAACAACAACAACAACAACAACAACAACAACAACAACAACAACAACAACAACAACAACAACAACAACAACAACAACAACAACAACAACAACAACAACAACAACAACAACAACAACAACAACAACAACAACAACAACAACAACAACAACAACAACAACAACAACAACAACAACAACAACAACAACAACAACAACAACAACAACAACAACAACAACAACAACAACAACAACAACAACAACAGCAACAACACAACAACAGCAACAACAACAACAACAACAACAACAGC